AUGGUGCUAUUUAUUAAGGACAAUAUAAAAAUGGAAUAAAGGAUGGUAGAGGUACAUUCAAAUGGGCUGAUGGUUCUAUUUAUGUGGGAGACUUCUACUAAAACAAUAUUUAAGGAUAAGGAGAAUAUAGUUGGGAAGAUGGUAGAAAAUAUGUUGGCGAAUGGAAAAAUAAUAAAAUGGAUGGAAAAGGAGUAUGGUUAUUUAUAAUAACAAAGGUUUUUACUUGGUUGGAUGGAAGACGAUAUGAGGGUUAAUAUAAAGAUGAUAAAAAACAUGGAUAUGGUGAAUUUAAAUGGCCUGAUGGAAGAGUAUGAAUUUUAUUAAUAUAUUCAGGUUUAUAAGGGAGAAUGGUCAAAUGGAAAAUAACAUGGCAAAGGAAUCUAUAUAGGUUCAUCAAAGGUGGAAAAAGAAGGAGAAUGGUAAGAUGGUAAAAUAGUAAGGUGGAUAAGAAGAGGAGAUUAACCAAUAGAAGAGUGAAAUUGAAAUUCACUUUUAUAACAAUUUCUUCACUUAAUUUUUUGGGUUUUUAAAUAUUUGUUAUUAUGUACUUUAAACUUAUUUUCAAUGA